AUCUCCAGAACAUCAGGUGGCGCUAGUGGGUUUUAAUGAGCACACGGCGCUUCGUAUUAACCCUCAGUGGCUUAUGAGAAGAAGUUUAGAGAGCGAGACUCAGACUCGAGGCAUAACGCAAAUUUAUUAAAACGUUUUUGGUUAAACCUUUUUCAGGCAGAAUGGCAGCAGACUGGUUGGGCAGUCUUGUUUCAAUUAACUGUGGUCCGACAUUGGGAGUGUACCAAGGAGAAGUGUCCUCGGUUGAUCAAACAAGUCAAACCAUUUCCCUCAAACAACCCUUUCACAAUGGCGUCAAGUGUCCAGUACCUGAGGUCACUUUUAGUGCUAUGGACAUCAAAGAGCUCAAAAUUUUGGAAAUCAGUAUCAGCUCCAAUGGAGUCACAAAGCAGAACGUUCCUGAAUCCGUCUCCUCUGUAUCUAGUUACACUGGACGCAAGGACAAAGGUGGAGGUAGUGGAAUAAACAGUGCUCCUGUAAAUGUACCCAAAGCUGAGCACAGGCUUCAUGAUGGAGGCAUGUCUCCUUCACAGCACUACUCCAAAAGCUAUGUAGAGCGCCAUGUAGAAAUGGCAGGUCAGAGUAAAGGCUUCAGACGAAGGCACAACUCGUGGUCAUCCAGCAGUAGAGGAGCAAAUCAGGUCACACCGAAGAAGAACGGUUCAAAGAAUGGCCAGAUGAAGAACAAAGAUGAUGAAUGUUUUGGUGACGGCAUGGACGAGGUUCUAGACGAGGACUUUGACUUUGAGGGUAACUUGGCACUUUUCGACAAAGCUGCUGUUUUCUCGCAGAUUGAUUCGUCAGAUCGGCGAGGUAACAGUGCACGGACACGGGGGAAUCCUGCAGAGCAGACACCCUCACGUUACCGACACGAUGAGAACAUUCUGGAAGCCAAGCCCGUCGUGUACAGACAGAUUAUAGUGCCUCAGUCGAGCGCAAAGGAAUAUAGCACUGAUUCAGGGUUGGUGGUUCCCAGCAUCUCAUAUGAGUUGCACAAGCGAUUGCUGAGUGUGGCUGAGAAUUACGGUCUCUCUCUGGAGCGCAGGCUGGAGAUGACUGGUGUAUGUGCCAGUCAGAUGGCUCUCACACUGCUCGGAGGACCAAACAGACUCACACCUAAAAAUUUGCACCAGCGUCCAACUGUGGCUUUGCUGUGUGGGCCGCAUGUACAGGGAGCUCAGGGAAUCAGCUGUGGCCGUCACCUGGCCAACCAUGAAGUAGAGGUCGUCCUCUUCCUCCCCAACUUUGUCAAGAUGCUAGAAGCCAUCACCAGUGAACUUGCACUCUUUGGCAAGACGGGUGGCAAACAGGUUUCCAGCGUCAAAGAUUUACCAGAUACCCCAGUGGACCUGGUCAUUAACUGUCUCAACUCUCACGAGAACACUUUUCUGAGGGAGCAGCCAUGGUACAGGGCAGCGGCUGACUGGGCUAAUCAGAACCGAGCUCCUGUGCUCAGUAUAGAUCCUCCAGUAAGCGGGCAGGAGCAAGCUGUGGAGGCGAAGUGGUCUCUCUGCCUGGGCCUCCCGCUCCCACUGCCAGAGAGAGCAGGGCGAGUCUACUUGUGUGACAUUGGCAUCCCACAGCAAGUGUUUCAGGAAGUGAGCAUCAAGUACCACUCGCCCUUUGGCUGCAAGUUCGUCAUCCCUCUGCACUCAACAUAAACACACUGUAACCCAGACUUGCACAGGGUCAGGCACAGGGUCAGUGAGCCAGAACCUGCCUUAAAUCCCAGGUUGAUCAUAUGAAGGUGUGAGCCACCUCUUUCUGUUGUCGUAUCUUCUGUUACAUUCUUUAACACUAUAUUCAAAUUCAGGAUACUGAUUUGGUAUAUGAGCAGACUAGAGGAACGAACCCAGCUUGUUGUGGUUCUGUCCUCUUUCCAUCUGUCUGUCUGUUUACCGUGCAACCAGCCUCUGACGCUUUCUGCAUUUUCUUCUAAAUUUACCAGUCUUGAAUCUAUCAGUCUAAUCGAUUCUUUAUAGUCUUUACAGACUAUUGAUAUGGUUUGAGCUGCGGGGCUCAGACCUGUUUGCACAAAGACGUGAUAUUUUAUCUUAUUAAAUGCUGUAUAAAAAUGACCUCAGCAAAGAACCAGAAUGAUCCUGCUUGGGACUCAUUCACAAUCUUAGUUUACCAGUGUAUUUUGCUCAGAUUCCUUUCAAGGUUCAAGAAAUAUUUGUAUUGAGAUGAAUUUAUUAAGUUUGGUUCUUACUGUUCUGGGGAAAAAAUGUUUUCUGAGCUUGUGCCAAAUGUGAUCAGUCAGCACUGAUGUGCAGAAGCUAAAGUCCUUGGGCAAUUUAAAGAGGUAAUCAAAGCCUUGUUUAACUUUCUCUUGCCCAAGCAGGUAGGAUUCUUACUGAACAUAUUUCUAUUUCAUAUUUUUUUUUCUAACCUUACUGGUGAAUUUUAUUUGUUGGCCUGAAUGACAGACAAACACCAACAUUUCACUACCCAUAUUGAAACAGGUUUAUUUUUCUUACAAGAAUUGCGGAUCAGUUUAGGCAAGUUUGUCUGAAGCAACAACUAUAUGUAACCUUAUUUGGAAAACACUUAGAGUUGCCAUUGUACACUUUUAUACGAGUUUCAUGAUAAACAGGUAUCAAACAAGAAGCUGUCAACCUCCACACAAUUUGUAUUUGGAAAGUUUAACACUUUCAGUUUUAGUUUAAACUGAGUUGUCUCUAAAGAAAAUCUACAAUUUUGUUGCUUGAGAAAAGGACAUUUUCAAAUGUUCAAUGUUAAACGUUUUAUCUGUUUCUGUCUUGUAGACCGAACGAUGUAUUGUAUUCGUCACACUUAUUACCUUUUGUUUUGGAACUUUGUUACCUGUGUCUCCCCCCUCCCACCCUUUUUUUUUUUUUUUUUUUUUUGUAAGUUUGUCUGUUUUCUUUGCACUGUCAGUGGAGAAAUCUACAAAUUUAUAGGAUUUGUGGUGAGAUAUUUCCACAGUUUAUGUGAACGUGACAUGAGUAGGAAAGCGGUGGACUUCAAGAUGACGCAUUUGAUACGUAACAGUGACGUAUGAUUAAGGAGGCCGAUGUGUAGUGUGUUCUUCCCUCUGUCUCUGUUUCCAGUGUCUUGAGCAUUAAAGUGGCUGUAUGGAAAUUCUUAGAUCUGCCACCUAUUGUCAAAUUUGGAGAAAAUGUUAUUUCCAUGUUUGCGUACAAUGUUAGAAUGUUGAAUAUCAUUGCCUAUUCUCCAUCAUAGGUACACCUUUGGCUAAUAGCACCCCUUAGCUAAUUCAGAGAAAUACUGCAAGAUAUCGUCUUUAAAAUGAGGAAGGUGUUUUGAAUGACACUUCAUCUUUGCAAAAUAGUAGCAGUUGUAACAACGUUGCACACAGUGCCGAAUGUGCCGUUGAGUUGAAAUCUAGACAUCUGUAAUACAUCUGCUGCACUUGCACAUCUUUCCUGAAGUGUAUUAUCUCAGUGUCGGAAAGCAGACACUUAAAACCAUAGCUAUAAAAAAUGUCUGGGUUUUCAGCUGUUAAUGAGUUUGAGUCUCUAAUUUGCCAGCAAUGCUGCCAACAGGGUUUGGUUUUUUGCCUUGUUGUCCUUGACUUAUUUGCAAUAUUGAAUCUAGAUUGAACCUUGAAUCUAUGCAGUGAUUAGGCAGUAGAAUCAAACGUUUGAGAGCUAAGGUAUAUCUUAAGGUAGGAGCUUGUUGCACAGCCAACCAACUUUUAAUUGGUCUUUAAUGUAAGACACUCAAGUAUAGUUUUUAAAAAGUUUGUUUCUUGCUUAAGAGCUUUAUAAGCAAGAGCAGUGAGAACUGAAUCUUCCCAGUGUUCCUAAACUUGUAGUAUUUCACCACCAUUAACGUUUGGAGUUUUUGAAACCUGAAAUUGUUGGCCAAGUUUCAGAGCUUAUUUAUAUUGCAGUGAUUUAUUUAUUUAUUUUUUUGUUUACUUUGUUUUUGUGGUUUGCUUCAAACCAAUUGAUUUUGUUUAUUUUAUUUUUAAAGUAACAGUGUAUAUUAAUGUGCAGGGAAACGCAUUUGUAUCAUUCCAGGAAUGUGAGGCUUGUUAACUGCAUUCUUUCUGAAAACAGACCAAAUGUUUUAUUUUUCCCCCCACCCUAAAAAAAGAAGUUGUUUUGUGGUCAUUUUCAGUUAUCAUAAGCCAGAAAUAGCUCCACCCCCUCUUAACUUUCCCCCCAUUUACUUCCCUGUAUUUCGAUGAGCGCUCACUCGAAGGCCAUCAAAAGCAAAGUUUAGUUAUUAUGGGCCCUUGUUUUGUUUGUAGUCAUGUUCACUGUUCAGAUUUAGGGCUAUUAUAAAAAAGCAAAACAUCUUC